UUCUACCUGCUUUCAUAAAUUUCCACUUAAUAUUGAGGAAUGUUUGUACUACGAUACAAUGAGCAGCCAGACGGUGGAAAUCACCUGCUCAGACUCUGUCAGGCUGGAGAACGGAUCCAGUCGGUGUUCAGGCAGGCUGGAGGUGAAGUCCAACAACUCGUGGUCCUCCGUGUGUGAAGAUGACUUUGACCUGCUGGAUGCAGAGGUGGUCUGUAGGGAGCUGGGCUGUGGGGCUCCUUCAGUCCUCCAGGGGGCGCUCUAUGGAGAAGCAGAAGCUCCCAUAUUGAGCAGAGAGUUUCUCUGUGAAGGUCAUGAGUCUGUUCUUCUGGACUGUGGAAGCUCAUGGAGGAAAACAAAAGCCUGUCCACCUGACAAAGCUGUUGGACUCACCUGCUCAGACUCUGUCAGGCUGGAGAACGGAUCCAGUCGGUGUUCAGGCAGGCUGGAGGUGAAGUCCAACAACUCGUGGUCCUCCGUGUGUGAAGAUGACUUUGACCUGCUGGAUGCAGAGGUGGUCUGUAGGGAGCUGGGCUGUGGGGCUCCUUCAGUCCUCCAGGGGGCGCUCUAUGGAGAAGCAGAAGCUCCCAUAUUGAGCAGAGAGUUUCUCUGUGAAGGUCAUGAGUCUGUUCUUCUGGACUGUGGAAGCUCAUGGAGGAAAACAAAAGCCUGUCCACCUGACAAAGCUGUUGGACUCACCUGCUCAGGAAUCAUCCGCCUGGAGGGAGACGUCAGUCACUGUGCUGGAACACUGGAGAUGUUUUACGGUGGAGAAUGGGGACCAGUAGCUGCUUCUAACUGGAGCCGGGACUCCGCCUCUGCAGUGUGCGCUCAGCUGGGUUGUGGUUCUGCUCUGUCUACUAGAAGCAAAGACAACUUCCUGAACAGAUCAGUGUGGUGGAUCCAGCCUCCGUGUGGCCCAUACCUGGAAGACUGUAAUAUUAUGCGUUGGGAUGAUCAAAGCCAAUCUACUCUUGAAAUAAUCUGUUCAGUCUCUGUGGUCGGUUUGAUGAUCCGUUGGGUUGUCGUCUCGGUGGGUUUGACCUUGAUGAUCCUCGUCACCUGCUUCUACGCCACGAAAACCAGACGGAGAACACGAGAGGAACCGAGACGUUCCUGAUGGUUCUGGUUCUGGAGGCUGUACAGAGGAGAGGACUGCAGUGUGAAGGAAAGAAUGAACAGUCCAGGCUGCAGCUGUAGAACUCUGCAUUACAUUACCAAUAGUUUCAAUAAGCAGCAAUAUUAACAUUUGACCCCAAACUAGG